GAAGAAAAGCAGCAGUAACUCGUGGUCAAUCAUUGCGAAAACCAAUUUGUGCUCCUCAGCUCAGGCAUGGAUUCGACGGAGCUCGGGCUCGGGGACGAUCCGAGCUGUUGGGAUUUCCUCGAUUGCGCCUCCCUCUUCGGCGACGCUCCCUCCACUCCUUCACCUUGGCCUCCCCACAAUCCCAGCGCCGCCGCCGCCGCCGCCGUGGGCGUCGAUUUUCCGGCGGGCGGCGUGGCAUCGGCGGGAGACGACCUCGGCGGAGCGCAGUGCCCCCGGAAGAGGGGACGCAAUGAUGCGUGCAACCAGCCGCAGCCGCAGCCGCAGCCACGCACAAAAGCUUGCCGCGAGAAGUUGCGGAGGGAGAGACUGAAUGACAGAUUUCUAGACUUGAGCUCUAUCUUGGAACCUGGGAGAUCAAUCAAAACUGAAAAAACGGCCGUACUUGAUGAUGCUAUUAGAGUUUUGACCCAGCUUAGAGCUGAGUCUGAGGAGCUCAAAGAAACAAAUGAAAAGCUGCAAGAAGAAAUAAAAUGCCUGAAGGCCGAGAAAAAUGAGCUUCGAGAAGAGAAACUUUCCUUGAAGGCUGAUAAAGAAAGGAUGGAGCAGCAGUUGAAAGCCAUGACUGUCCCACCUGCCGGGUUUGUACCACCUCAUCCGGCCACGGCAUAUCAUGCUGGGGCGAAUAAGAUGCCCGUAUUCCCCAGCUACGGAUACAUUCCAAUGUGGCAAUAUAUGCCCCCUGCUGCCCGUGAUACGUCAUCCGAUCAUGAGCUGAGGCCUCCUGCUGCUUAGUUAAGGUGGUUGGUCGUUUCGCUGAUUCUUCGCCGUACAAUAAUCUCGUGGUUCCCUCAUAUUCUGACAUGUAUAUAUUGCUCAAGGCGUGCCCCAUUUUUGAUAGUUGAGGCAUGCAUUUUGUUCAAAGAACAUCUAAUGGAUUCUUGCACCCCUUUUCUGUUUCCUGACAUUCAUUGCAUGGACAAUUGAUUCAUCGUUAUCAGAAAUGAAGUCUCUUUUGCUUGUAAA